AGCUGACCCAUGACCUCGAAACAAAGGAACUGGAAGUCAGCCAUCAAGAAAUUGUCGACCAGGAACUGGAGGAGAAGUGCAAGGCGAUGGAGGCCCAGCUGCAGGAGAAAGAGAAGGGCCACCUCGAGCUGCGGAAGGAGCUCCGGCACAAGGAGAGCUUGGUGGCCGCUCUGCGGUCCAGCCUGAGGAGCAGAGAGAGGAAGUUCCUGGAGGAACUGAAGAGGAGGAGUCACCGCGUGACCAUCCUCAACACGGAGCUGCAGAAGCAGACGGAGGCGGCCGCUUACCUCUCCUUCCAGCUGCAUGCCACCAAGCAGAAGCUUCACGGUUCCCGGCCGAGUGCCAAGCCUCUCGCUGACCGGCCUCCGGAGAAAUCCUUCCUCCACCCGCCUGCCAGCGAGGCAAGGCCCAAAAAACGGACCCAGAAGUCCCCGUCCCGCAGGCAGGCCGCUGGCUCCUUCCACAGCAAGGGGGCCUUCAGGGACCCUUCCUUUUGCGACCGACUCAGCAGUUUUGAAGACACUGAGCCCAUGCCUGACCCGGCCCUAUUUCUGUACACCAAAUGGCACCCCACUCCGGCCCACGGUCAGAAAUUGGAGCCCAAGGCCAUCUCCUCCACCAAGGCAGGAGCUGACCAGAGCGAGCCCCUCGCCUCUCAAGGUCUUCCAGCCCGCCCGCCCAGAAACCAGCGGAAAGGUCACCAAAGGUCAUCGCGACAGCCUUCCCAAGAUCUGGCAGGGCCCACACGUAGGACUUUGGGGAAAUCGAGACCCCAAGUGGAUCAGUGCAAAGAAAAUGGAGCCAGCCCCCACCAUGAAAAAGACGCUGAGUAACCACAGAAUGGAGCGGGGGAAUACACUGUUGGUUUGAGGUAGCUUUUCCAAAGAGGUUGUGGGGGGGGGCAGUUUUUUGGAAAUCAGGGGUCAGUUUUGGGAAAGUGCCCAGGCCUCCCAGAUUCAAUCAUGCUUCUUUCAGUUGUGCUGGAGUAUCCGUGCCCUCCGCAGUGUUUUGCUUCUUCCUUUCCUUGGCAUCUUUAUCCCCCUUCUGUGUUGCCCGUGUGCAAAUGUGUUCUAAGAAAACCAUGCAAAAGAAAAGCAAUCUUGUAUGAUUGCAUCAAGGCGUUUUGUGUGUGUGUGGGGGGGGUAGUCUACUGAUGCACAUAUGCACUGUUGGUGGUGUGUAGAACACCACUCUAAAAGAAUGUAACUCUAACCUU